AUGCUCAACAACCCUUAUACGCCUGACUUCGGGAGUCUCCAUGUGCACUUUAAAAACUUGUUUCUGGCUUAUGUCUUCCAGAGUCACGAAGAAGAUGACAGGAAGGUAAGGAGGAGAGAAAAAAAUCGAGUUGCUGCACAGAGGAGCCGAAAGAAGCAAACUCAGAAAGCAGAUAAACUUCACGAGGAAUAUGAGUCUCUUGAGCAAGAAAAUACCUCCCUGAAAAGAGAAAUCGGAAAGCUAACAGAUGAAAUGAAACACUUGAGUGAAGUGUUGAAGGAUCACGAAAAGAUCUGUCCACUAUUGCACUGUACCAUGAACUUUGUGACCGUACCAAGGCCCGAUGCACUUGCUAGCUGCCUGCCAAGAUGAGCGCUCUCCUUGAUC